AUGGCAGACGUUAUUUCAUCGCCAAGACUAUCACAGUCAAGAGGAGGAUCCAGGGAUAUCUCAAGUGCUUUUGCGCUAUCUGUGAUAUGGACAAGCCCACUAUCUGAUUAUAAUCGCGUCCUUGCUACCAACCAGUUUGCACUUACGGUGCUCACAUAUCCUAUGUGGACCCAGCACUGGCCACUUGCUGAGCUACGUAUUAUCGAUAGAGAAACAAGGAAGAUCAUCAGCGGGAAUGGAGGACGACAUCCACUUAGCUCAACAGCUGUAUUAUAUCUACCUAGAGAGAAAGGAGGACGAGGACUGCGAUCCAUUGAACAAGAGUAUAAGCUGAUCAAGAUCAAGGCUGCUGUCAAACUUUACGAGAGUCCGGACCCUAUGAUGAGAGCUGUUCAACAGUUUGAAGAAAGAGCUGCAGACAAGGGAUUCUCCUCUCUCAUUAGUGAUGCAAAGAAAUUUGCCCAGGAACUCAAAGCACAGAUGACCAUCACAGACACCAAAUGCAGAAUGUGCCAUAUGGCUACAGAAUCAACAAUACAUGUACUGAGUGGCUGCUCAAAGAUCGCCCAAAGUCUUUACACAGCCAGACACGACAGAAUGCUGAGACCGAUAUACCACUGUUUGCUGGAAAAGUACAACUUUCAGGAAAACGACAAUGGAAAGCCAUGGUACCAACAAAGUCUACCAUCAGCAGUACUUCAAAAUGAAAAGGCAAAAAUAUACUGGAAUGUACCCUUUCAACUUGAGAAAGCUCCAGAAAACAGUGCCAAUAAACCCGACAUAGUUGUACAAGAUAAAGAAACUAAUGCUUGGACACUAUUUGAAGGCACAGUUUGUCAAGUUGUUAAGAUUGCGGAGAGAACUGUUGAAAAACAAGAAAAAUACACGGAACUACGUGCAGGCAUCAAAAAAGAGUGCAAAAGCUCAAGUGUAAAUCAGAUUAACAUAGUGCUUGACUUUCUCGCAGGAAAUCACGAACAGCUAAGAAAAGACCUAAGAACAAUUACAAAUACAGACAGGGAAGUGAACUUUCUUAUAGAACGAUGUCAGAAAUGGAUUUUAAGCCAGAACGUUAAUAUAGUCAAAACGUUCUAUGAAUAUGCAUAAGCUGAAGAAAGGAUUG